AUGACGUCGGACACAUUCAAGAUCCUUCCAAUGAAUUUGUUUCUAAUUUCUAUUCAGAGGAAACAAUUCCAUUUCUAUAGCAAAGCCUUGCUGAAAACACUCUUCGUCAAGUUGGAUUCUCCAGAUAGAUUUAUUAGUUUUAUUGAAACUGCCGAUGAAAUAUCCAUCAUUUUGGAUGAAAGUAGUCUCGAAGAGGUCAAACGGUAUAAGGAAAUAAUUCAAUCGUAUCAAUUGAAUAUGGAUGCCAUCAUGCUUGAACAAGGCUCAACAUGGAGAGGAAUAUUGAUAAAAUCAGUUAAUGAUGAAGAAACAUCGGAUUCAAAUGAUCCAAAUAACGGCUCAAAAAUACUAUUGAAGAAAUCAACAGCAAGGUCCAUCUAUCGUUAUGCAAGCAUUCUGUCAAGCAACAAUAUUUCCAUUUUCUACCAUAGUUUGUGGAGUUUUGACUUGCUCCUGGUGGAAGAAGAGAAUUUUGAAAAAGCUGUGGAAUUAAUUCAGAACAAAGUUGAAAAUACUGACAAAUCCAUGAAGGAAGAGGAACUUGUGCCACCUUCAAUGUUUUUAAGAAAGAAACCAUCUGAAAGUGAAAGUUAUGAUAUGGAGGCAGAUGAGUUGACCACACUAGAUACCAAAUUGUACAUGUGUAGACUUUCAAGCAAGCAAUAUCAAUUUCACAUCAAGGAUUUACUAAACGCUCUGUGGUUUGAAUACAAAAACAUUGGAGAUUUCUUUGCUUUGGCUUCAUUUGAGGAUGAAAAUAUUAUUGUUGGAAAUGAACAAGUAUUUGAAAUGUUGUCACUUGGAGAGGAUGAAAUUGAAAGUACUGCUAUUACGGAGAGCGAAGAAAAACUUCAAUUUGUACCAGUAAUGAUUCAUACGAGUGAAGGAUUAGGUUUUGAUGAGGCGCAAAUUGGUGUAGUGUCCAAACUCACUGGAAGUUUACUGAGUCAUUCGGACAAAUUGACCGUGAUUUACUUUUCCACGUUUGUCACAGAUUACAUUCUCAUUCAACAUGACCAUUUAGAAAGCGCUCUGAAUCACAUUAAGGAAAAAUUAGAACAAGUCAAAGAGUAG